AUACUCACAUGUCAUAUCAGUGACCUUUGCAAGGAAGAAUACUACUGUAGCUGUAUCUCUGAUCUAAAGAAGCAACUUGCAAGUCUCUCCAAGAUGACCUCCAUUACCCUGCUGUGUGUGUUAGCUGCCUGUCUGUCCCUAGGAGCUUGCGGCCCUCUGCAUGCAUCCUGCAAGCUGACAUGGAUGUUUCCAGCGACCAACUGCUCAGUUGUUCACGAUUGUCUGUCGUACACGAUCACAAAUCUCUCUGGCGACCCUCAAGACUGUAAAUCAUCAGAGAAGUGUCUUUACAAACUUGUGAGUGACACUGGUAGUGAGAUCCACUCCACCCACGAAACACCUGUGAAGCACUAUGUGGAUGACCAAAGUUUCACUCUGUCUGCUGGAUCUGGAGGCGCAGGCAGCUGCACUGUUGCGGCCUACUCCACUUCUGAGACGUGGUAUGCUGUCCUUGACUACGGCACCAACUAUUGCAACCUCCGUAACCUUGUGGACAUUUCUAAGCUGUCCGGUAUGACUGAUUUUAAGGAGAUAACUGAUGACUCGAUGUGUACUCAGUAUUCAAGCCAUGACUGCUCGAAAUAUUAAAAAGACUGCCAAGAAGCUAAAACUUUGUAAACAUUGAACUACUCUUAUGUACUUGUGUGCGUCGUAUAAUGUUAGCUACUAAGUGUGUAAUGAUGCUGUUUCAAUUCUGAUAAUUAAGUUAUUGAAAUUGAAUUUUGAA